CGGCGGGUGGGGGGGCGGGCGGCGGGGGCCGGAGCCCGAGGGGCGCGCGCCGCGUUAACCCCUGCGCGGCCGGCCGACGGCAGGCGCGGCCCGAGCGGCGGGGUCGGCGGACAGGUGUGCGCGCGGCCCGGCGGCCCGAGCGCCGCGGCUCCAGGCCCGGCCCGCGCCCCGAGCCCGGGAGGCGAGCGGGGACCCCCGCGCCCGCAGCCCAGGGGCGGCGCUGCCCGCGCUCGGCGUGGCCGCCGGCUAGUGCUGGGCCGGGCCGGGCCGGGCUGGGGGGCGGCCCGCCCGGCUCGCCCAUGGGCGCAGGAUGCCGGUGCGGAGGGGCCACGUCGCGCCGCAGAACACCUUCCUGGACACCAUCAUCCGCAAGUUUGAGGGCCAGAGCCGCAAGUUCAUUAUCGCCAACGCGCGGGUGGAGAACUGCGCCGUCAUCUAUUGCAACGACGGCUUCUGCGAGCUGUGCGGCUACUCGCGGGCCGAGGUGAUGCAGCGGCCCUGCACCUGCGACUUCCUGCACGGGCCGCGCACGCAGCGCCGCGCCGCCGCGCAGAUCGCGCAGGCCCUGCUGGGCGCCGAGGAGCGCAAGGUGGAGAUCGCCUUCUACCGGAAGGAUGGAAGCUGCUUCCUGUGUCUGGUGGACGUGGUCCCCGUGAAGAACGAGGAUGGCGCCGUCAUCAUGUUCAUCCUCAACUUUGAGGUGGUGAUGGAGAAGGAGCUGGUGGGGUCCCCGGCCCGCGACACCAACCACCGCGGGCCCCCCACCAGCUGGCUGGCCCCAGGCCGCGCCAAGACCUUCCGCCUGAAGCUGCCCGCGCUGCUGGCCCUGACGGCCCGGGAGGCGCCCGCGCGGCCGGGCGGCGCGGGGGGCGGCGCGGGGGCCGUGGUCGUGGACGUGGACCUGACGCCCGCGGCGCCCAGCAGCGAGUCGCUGGCCCUGGACGAGGUGACGGCCCUGGACAACCACGUGGCCGGCCCGGGCGCGGCGGGGGAGCGCUCGCCGCGCGCGCACGGCCUCAACCCCGAGGCGUCGGGCUCCUGCUGCAGCCUGGCCCGCACCCGCUCCCGGGAGAGCUGCGCCAGCGUGCGCCGCGCCUCGUCGGCCGACGACAUCGAGGCCAUGCGCGCCGCGCCCCGCCCGCGCCCCCCGCGCCACGCCAGCACCGGGGCCAUGCACCCUCUCCGCAGCGGGCUGCUCAACUCCACCUCCGACUCGGACCUCGUGCGCUGCCGCACCAUCAGCAAGAUCCCCCAGAUCACCCUCAACUUCGUGGACCUCAAGGCCGAGCCCUUCCUGGCCUCGCCCGGCAGCGACCGCGAGAUCAUCGCCCCCAAGAUCAAGGAGCGCACCCACAACGUCACGGAGAAGGUCACCCAGGUCCUGUCCCUGGGCGCCGACGUGCUGCCCGAGUACAAGCUGCAGGCCCCCGCGAUCCACCGCUGGACCAUCCUGCACUACAGCCCGUUCAAGGCCGUGUGGGACUGGCUCAUCCUGCUGCUGGUCAUCUACACGGCCGUCUUCACGCCCUACUCGGCCGCCUUCCUGCUGAAGGAGACGGAGGAGGGCCCCCCAAACUCCGACUGCGGCUAUACCUGUCAGCCGCUGGCCGUGGUGGACCUCAUCGUGGACAUCAUGUUCAUCGUGGACAUCCUCAUCAACUUCCGCACCACCUACGUCAACGCCAACGAGGAGGUGGUGAGCCAUCCUGGCCGCAUCGCCGUGCACUACUUCAAGGGCUGGUUCCUCAUCGACAUGGUGGCCGCCAUCCCCUUUGACCUGCUCAUCUUUGGCUCCGGCUCGGAGGAGGUGGGUCUGCGGAGGACGGUGGAGAAGCGGCUGGGAAGGGAGAGGGACCAAAGGGGCGUGGCCAGAGGAGAGGGGCGGGGCCAAAAGCAGGUGGAGCAUGACAAGGAAGGAGGGGCAUGGCUAGAG